CCUGAUUGGUUGCCUGGAAACCCGAAGUCUAGGUGGGCAGAGAUGAGUGUUUGAAUCGGGAACUGUUCAUCUCGCCAGCUCUACAAGCCAGAAUGCUAUAAAAGUAUAUUAAGGUACUUUACCGGUUGGUAUGUGAGACAAUAUAUCCACAGGGAAGUAUAAUUACAUGUUGGUAGUGCACUGAGAUUUCUAUCACCUGAAGCAAUGCACAUAACCAUCUGCGUCAAUUUGGCAUGUAUGCAUGCCUCUCCUGCAGGGUGGGUAUAAUUUGUGGAACAUUCCAACAGGAAUCUGUUCCAAAAACUUCGUAAAUAACAAGGUUGCCAACAAACACUUACAAAGUUGUAUAGCAGCAGAAUAAGAUAACGGGGUAGGGAGUGGGCUAUUUAAUUACUUUUUUAAAAUUAUGUUUAUUCCGAAAAAUGUCUGUAUUCACUCUGGUAGCCUAUCGACAAACAUUAAGAAUAAACUACAUGGUGAGUGAUGCCUAUUCGGCAGCUAGGUGGAUUGCUCAUGUUACCUUGUACUUCACGAAGUUUUUGGAACAGUUUCCUGUUGGAUCGUUUCACAAAUUAUACCCACCCUCUCCAGCAUGUAUUUGUAUCGCAUGCUUCAGGUGAUAUAAAUCUAAGCGCUCUACCAGCGCUUUGGGAAAAAAUGUAAUUAUACUUUCCUGUGGAUUUAUUUGCUCAUAUUCCUACCGCCCAAAGGACCAAACUCGCUGAAUGGACCUUGGGACUUCACUACCCCGUUGAAAUUUAAAAUGGUUAACCUGGCUGAAGAAUGACAGAUUUCGUGUUUAUUUCCUCCUGAUUCCGGGAGUAUUCCAACCGGGAUUUCGGGAAAAUCAGGGAAUAUAUUGAAAUUAGCGGAAUUUUGUAACCAUCGUUAUUGUUUAGGGUGGGGGGACAUCCCAAUGAUUCCAGAUAGCACUAAUCCUCCCUGCCUAGACUAUAGCGGUUUAUAGGCUACUGCGCACGCCCGAAGACAUAUGUCAGAAGACUCAAGUUUGGGUCAGGAACAGGCUGGAGGAGCCCUGCAUGAAGACCCUUCUUUUAGAGUGCAUGGAGCUGCUGAAAAGGGCCAGAGCUGCCUUCCAAGCUGGCCGCGCAUUUGACGAGAGCUUCAGACAGGUCCAACUGGAGGCCCUAGUGCGCAUGCUGGUGGAACAUGAGUGUGACUUUGUGGAUGCACUUGGGAGGGACCUCCAUAAGCCGCGGUUUGAGACGGUAGUGUCUGAACUGAUACUGGUGAAGAACGAGGCUCUUCAUGCCAUCAACAACCUCAAGAAGUGGAUGGAGCCGCAACCGGUGGAGAGGAACCUGACCACCACGUUGGAUGAGUGCCUGGUGGUGUGUGAGCCACUGGGGGUGGUGCUGAUUGUGGGGGCCUGGUGUAGCCCUGUUCAGCUCUGUCUGGUACCCCUGGUUGGGGCCAUUGCCGCAGGGAACUGUGUGAUCCUCAACCCCUCAGAAUGUAGUUCUCACACAUCGGAGCUGCUACACCAUCUCAUACCGUCAUACCUGGACAAUGAGUGUUACCAUGUGACCCUUGCAGGGGUGAAUGACCUGGCUGAAAUAGUGGACCUCAAAUUUGAUCAUGUCUUCUUCACAGGAAACCGUGAGGACGGGGGUAGAGUGGCACAGGCAGCAGCCCGCACCCUCACACCCGUCACCCUGGUCUUGGGCGGUGGUAAGAACCCCUGCUAUGUGGACCAGCAGUGUGACAUCCCCACCACGGCACGACGCAUCACCUGGGCCCGCUUUCAUAAUGCUGGGCAGAGUAUGGUAGCACCUGACUACGUCCUGUGCCAUGCCGAGGCCAAAGCACAGCUGCUCCAGGCCUUGCGCUGCUGCCUCCUGCAGUUCUAUGGUUCAGACCCCCAGGAGUCCAGGAGCUUUGGCCGCAUCGUGAACCUGGAGAACGUACACCGCACCACGGACCUGCUGCGGAGGUCUGGCAAGGUGGCUGUAGGAGGCCAAGUGAAUGAAGCAGAUAAAUACAUUGCACCAACCGUUCUGUGCGAUGUGAUAGACUCGGACCCUAUCAUGCAGCAGGAGGUUUUCGGACCUGUUCUGCCCAUUCUGACUGUCAACAGCAUAGAUGAGGCAAUCUCCUUCAUCAGUCGUCGAGAGAAGCCUCUCUGUGUGUACGCUUACUCUAGCAACAGCAAGGUAAUCUCAAGGCUAAUGAGUGAGACCUCAAGUGGGAGCUUCUGCUCCAAUGACAGUGUCCUGCAGAGCCUGAUGGUGGUCCUGCCUUUUGGGGGAGUAGGUGCCAGUGGGAUGGGUUCCUACCAUGGGCGCUACAGCUUUGACACCUUCUCGCACCGGAAAUCAUGCCUGCUCAGAAACAGUUGCAUCGAGUGUGUCACCUACCUGCGCUACCCACCAUAUGAGGAACGCAAUCUGUCACUUAUGACCUGGGCAAGUAGCCUUUCCCAGAAGAGCCAGGGCUGGUGCCAGAUACUGUGACUGUGUGCGAGUUGGAAGACUGAGACCUUUUUACAACACUAAGCCGGGCUGAGCUCUACUGUACUGGCUUGAUUACACAUCCACCAUAGUUAUUGAAACCAUGCUGUAAAUCCCAGUGUGAAAAGAGGAUAUCUGAACCUACAGUACAUUCUGAGGACCAGUUGUGAUAGUUCUCCAAUACGACAAUGUAUUCAGCACAUUACAUUUCUGAUGUAGAACAUGAUGCUAAUGCAGUGACUAUGAUCAGCAAGUUUAUUUACUGCAGCAUGGCAUGAUAGCCCAUCAGUAUAAAUAUUGUAUCUAUGGGAUAUUUUAAGCUAUUCGUCCAGUGUUCUCUGAAAUACUUUAUAAAGAAGCUUCUUGUGAUCCAACCUGUGACAUUUAAAUACAACAAUGUACAUUGUGUGCUUCCAACACAGGAUUAUAACUUGCUCACUUCAUUACAAAAUUCUAAUUCUUUAUUCUGUAAUAUCCUAGUAUCACAGGUUGUUGUAGCAGUUUUUCCAAAUUUCAUUAAAAGCAAUGUGCCACUCAGUAUGUUAAGGUUUAGCCUCUAGCAAAGUCAAACUUGAUUCAAGUCUUUAUUUGAAAUUUAGGGGCAGAUCCAUUACGAGAUAUUCAAGCGUAUACCAUCAAUCUGUCUUUUACAUAUGCCAAUGAUGAAUUCAAUCCUUAAACAGAAUAAAUGUUGUUUCAAAGUU